GUGUAGUCCUUGAAGUUGUGUUCAAUAGGUUUCAUUGUUCAAAACAGCACAUAUCGAGUCGGUCGGUCAAAAUUCUUACUCACAACACAAAAUUCUACAGUAUUUUAUUCAAAAAUAAUUUAGAAAUUUUUCAACUAGCUUUACGAUGUGUUGUAAGUCGUGUGAGGAACAACCAGCUGCAUGCUGCUCGAUGUUCUAUGCAUUUUUCUGCAUGGGAGCAGGUUUAUUUGCGUUCAGCUUUUCGAUGCACAAUGUAAUCGUAUCGGAACAUUCUAUUACACUUAUGGAUUGGUUACUGCAUAUGCAUGAAGCUGACUUUACGGAGACCCAUCUUACGAUUAUAUACUCUCUCGAUCUAGUUUUUGCCUUUACCUAUACCGUCGCAGGAAUUUGUUUGACCUGGGGACUAAAAAUGAACGACAAGGGGUUUAUUAAAGCUGGAAAAAUUUUAAGCUACUUAUUUCCAAUAUAUAACAUUAUUUAUGUAUUUCCAUUAGUUGUACAUAUUGGCUGUGUCAUAAAAUUAUGCAGACUCUUAAAAGAAAAUUAUGAUAAUUAAUUGGAUAUUCGAAAAACCUAAUGGAUGGAACGGCAUCAAAAUUGAAUGUCACAACAAAGAUGAAAAGAUAAAUAUUUAUAUAUAUAAUUUUGGACUAAUUUAAGUUUUUCCAACAGAAUUUAUACGUGGUAAAAUUAUGAAGCAAGAAAAAAAAGAAAAGUAGUAGUAGUCUCAGCCGAUGAUCAAAAUUGACGUUACGCAAUUAACACAAUACAUAUGCUUGUUGAGUAUUCGAAAAGAUAUAUCCUAACAUAUAAUACUGUAAUCUUUUGUUUACGGAAUUUUUACUUUGUAAAAAUAUUCAGCAAUAUAAGGAAAACGUGAAAAUUCGAAGUGAUUACGAAUCGGAUGGACUGAAAUUUGCAAUGCAAUUCCAAAUUUGUAUUUCAAAGCAGCAGCAAACAAAUUGAAAUCCGAGGGAAAUUUUUUGUGAAAUUGUAUACCAAGAUAAAUGGCAAUUGUAUUAAAAUAAAUAUUUUCGAAAAACUA